AUGGGAGGAGCCAUCACUCAGGGGCCCCUCACUGCCAUCAUCUGCAAUGGCCUCAAAGUCUCUUUGCUGCUGCUGCUCUGGGUCAUUCUCUGCUGUACCUGCCAAUCUCACUCUACCAAUGUUGACUAUCUCUCCAAAUCCAGUUGCAACUCCAGCCCUGGCUCAUGUCUUGAGAAGGCUCUACUGCCCCAGAAGCCUAGCCAUGAGGAAAGCUACCUUGCUGUAGUCCUGAAGGCCUCUGGCUUAGCCUAG